UCUUAUUUCCUUUCAUUUGUAUUCUAGAGAUAAAAAAAUCUGAGAAGCAAAAAAUCUGGAGGCGACACGAUGACGGCAUUACAGAUUGUGGAGAUGCAAGUAAAUAUGGAUUGCGGUGGCUGCGAAAGAAAAAUUCGCAAGGCUAUCUCUCAACUCCGAGGGGUAGACAGCGUGGAGAUCGACAUGGCAAUGCAGAAAGUUACAGUGACUGGUUAUAUCGAUCGUAAAAAGGUUAUAAAGGCUGUGAGAGGAUGUGGGAAAAAGGCAGAGGUGUGGCCUUAUCCUUAUAAUUCCGAGUAUAUUUCUUAUACUGAUCGUUAUUAUGAAAGACCAACGUUUGAUUCGAGUUAUAAUUACCGUAAGCAUGGAUACAACGGUAGCAGCCAUGGGUAUUAUCAAAAUCCUCCCUAUCCUACACUUGUAGACGAUCAAGUGACAGAUUUAUUCAGCGAUGAAAACCCGCAUGCCUGCAGCAUAAUGUAACGUUAUUUUACACAGAAUUUCCUAGUUUGGGGAAACGUUUUUAUUUGCAGUGUUUUUUGUCUUAAGCGGGAAGAAAGUUAUGAAAUGCAUCAUUGAAGGAAGGCGUAAGAAAGCAUAAUGCUGAAACCCAAGUCAUCCAAAGAACCAACAGAAUGCAAUAGUUUUUAACGUGUUUUUUCUUCAAAGAAUGCGUUAAUUGUAAUCAUGAGUUUAACCUACCAUGAUCAAUUCUUAUGUGUUUGAACUUUGAAGUUUCUAUAGAAACCAUGUUUCAUACUUGUACUUUUG